CUGUAGCUGUGCGCGCUCCCGCGAGGUGCAAGCACUUCUCUGCGGGCAGGCGGAAGUCCUCACAACACCGGCUCCAGGAAGGCAAGACGGCGGGUCCAACAUGGAGUGUAUUCCGAUAUCCACUGAGGAUUUCGAGGGCAAAAAGGACCCGGUCCCUGAGGACCCAGAGCACAAUGUAUACACCAGGUUCAUGAAGUCCCACCGGUGUUAUGACCUCGUACCUACCAGCUCCAAAUUGGUUGUGUUCGACACAUCGCUUCAGGUGAAGAAGGCGUUCUUUGCUCUUGUUUCUAAUGGGGUGAGAGCAGCUCCUCUGUGGGACAGUAAGAAGCAGUGCUUUGUUGGUAUGCUAACCAUCACAGACUUCAUUAAUAUUCUUCAUCGCUAUUACAAAUCUCCAUUGGUUCAGAUAUAUGAGUUGGAAGAACACAAAAUUGAAACAUGGAGAGAGUUGUACCUUCAAGACUCGUUCAAGCCCUUGGUUAGCAUUAAUCCCAGUGCAAGCUUGUAUGAUGCAGUAUCGUCUCUGCUGAAGAACAAGAUUCACAGGUUGCCUGUCAUCGAUCCCCUGACAGGGAACACGCUCUACAUUCUCACACACAAGAGGAUUCUCAAGUUCCUGAAGCUUUUUAUAUCCGAGAUGCCAAAACCCUCAUUCUUGAGUCAAACCUUAGAGGACCUGCACAUCGGGACCUUUAAGAACAUAGCGGUGGUCCGUGCAGACACGCCACUGUACACGGCGCUGGGUAUUUUUGUGGAGCAGCGAGUGUCAGCGCUCCCCGUUGUGGACGACAAAGGUCGAGUUGUGGAUAUAUACUCCAAAUUUGACGUCAUAAACCUGGCAGCAGAGAAGACGUACAACAACCUGGAUAUAACAGUGACCAAAGCCUUGCAGCACCGCUCUCAGUACUUUGAAGGAGUUCUGACCUGCAACAGACACGAAACCCUGGAGGCCAUCAUCAACAGACUGGUGGAGGCUGAGGUGCACAGGCUUGUGGUGGUGGAUGAACAGGAAGUGGUGAAGGGAAUCGUCUCGCUCUCAGAUAUUCUCCAGGCACUUGUGCUGACUGAUCGAGAGGAGGGCUCUGCUUGAGUUACCAACAGUAGAAAAGGCUAAACGGUUUCAGGAGGUCGGAGCAAAGCGAGAGCAAGAGAGAGAGUGGAAUUACGACAGAGUGUCCGACCAUCAUCAUCCAUCUCCGUUAACUAGGUUUCCUCUAUUCGCACCAAAAUAUCUGCCUCCAUGCAACGAUUUGAAGUUCACCUAGUUUUAGCAACGCAGCAAUGUAUAAUUUAAGUCACACGCGACACUUCAGGAGCUCUUGUAAAUUGAGCCUAAUCCCGAGUCACCAGACGAGUGUGACAAGAAAGAUGCGAAGCACAAGAAACCUCGAGCAUCAUUCCCACAUUUUGUUACUAAUGAUUUUGAUUUGAUUGCAAAGGCAUUCCUGAAGAUGAUAAUAAGUUAUUUCCAGAUAAAAUGAGCAGUCAUACAUUCGCUUAAGGAAAACCUGAUUUACCUGUAUGGCCUUUUUUGGCAGCAUUCAAUUACUAUAAUGAUGUUGCUGAAAUUCAGAUGCCGAUACAGAACCAAUCGAAUGGUCAUUUUCAACACUGUAACUUUCGUUGUUCUGAGGCAAAACCACACACUAAAACAUUUGUUUGUUCUUUGUAUGUUUAAGAACUAUGAUGUUAUGAUCUAGGUUAUCUGUAUCCUCUUAGUUUAAUUAUUUAAAAACAGAUGGAGGAGUAAGCUGUCAGCCUUCUUAUUUUAACUUGAACAACCACCUUCUUCCAAUUUGCAAAAACCUAUUGAUGUCGUGUUACAAAAGUAUUUACAGUAUCUGUAUGUGUUCAGCCACAUACUUUCCACAUAUUACCUUUUCAAGAGGAUUGAACAUUUAUUUAAAGUAAUUUGUUAUUUAAACACCAGGAACAACAUGGAGAUUAUCAGUGUCUGUAAAUAGUCCAAAUAAUUUCCUUUAUGAUUUUACACAUUUUAAACAAGAGUAGAUUUUGACAGAUUUCAGCAUCAGGAUGUUUCCCCACAACUCGCUCUGGAUGAAUUUAAACUUAAAUCAAUUGAAAUGCAUUUAUGUCCACACAAAAUGAAUGUCACACAGUUACCAGUGUGAGAAGAAUCCAAGGGUUUGGCUUUUUUAAUCUGUUGUGUUUUCAGACAGCAAAGAGCAAACCUGGAAACAGCACUUUAGACUCAGAAGUUAGCCUCGUUGGUGAAGUUUAGAGCAACAUCGAUUAUAAAGACUGACGUUAUUCUGUGUACAACCGCUGAAUAUUUAUUGGUUCUAUGUUUUGCCUUUUUAUCUGUUGUCACAUAACUAAAUGUACAUGGAUUGUACAUUUUACUUUAGAGAGAAGUUUUUUCCCCUGCAGGUUUUGGUCCCUACUAUUUGGGGUUUGGCAUUAUUAAACUUAAAGUUUUUGAAAAUGUUGUCCAUCAAUUAAGACUAGUGGUCAAAUUAAGUUUCUGGUUUGUUCCUUUUCUGAUUCAUAAGUUUGUGGAGUGUUAAUGUUGAUCUCAGAGCUUCUGAUGUUAGGUUUAUUCAGCUGUUUUCAGUUCAUUAUCUAGGUAAGGAAUAAUUUGAUCAAAAUCACUAAAUACCAGCAUUUCCUUUACAGUUUCAAAUGAUAAUAGGCCAAUGACACACUUUGUUUUGGUAUACAUGAAAUAUAAUGUGUUCAACUGUAUGUAAAUGCACAUUGUUUUGUACUAAUCUGCAUUGAGAUUAUAAUUUAAAGGAAGAGCAAUAAAGGUUCUUUGGA